ACGGGAGGCGAAGUUCUUGACUUUCAUUUUUGGUUAAGGUUUGAAAUGAGAAUUGCUAACGCGUGUUCUUACCCGUCAAAAUAUUACUACAGCACAGCUUUGGUUCUGUCAUUCUUCACUGGUUUUUUUGGCGGUGAUCGGUUUUACCUCGGUUAUUACGCGCUAGGUUUUCUAAAAUUGUUUUCUUGUGGCGGUUUUCUCGUGUUGUGGAUAUUUGAUGUUAUUAUGAUUGCUCUUCAACGUCUAAGGCCGGCUGAUGGUUCAUCAUACGUGAUUGAUUUUUAUGGACCUAUCGUAACUGCGACUCGUUUCUCAAAUCUUACUUAUGUUGCAGAAUAUACAUGUUUUAAUUGUGGUGAAAUGGGUAAUGUCCUGACACCCACUUUUAGCGGGGAACUUUAG